UAUUAUCAUUCAUAUCCUCAAUCAAUGGCAUAAUUUCAUUAUUCACAUUCGGUUUCGGAUUUUUGUCGGCUUCUUUUAAAGUAGCUGAAAAUAUAAAGAAUUUAAUAUUUUAUUUAAUUAUUGUGUGGUUUUAUAAUUGUUUGUAUACAAUUUGGUUUAUUUUUUAAUAUUAGUAAAACAACAUUCACUUCGAAUUCAACGUUUUGUCAUUCACGGGUUUUAUUAAAUAAUGUAGAUAACAUACAAUAAGUUUAGGUUAUGUUCGUUAAGUUAACUUUACAAUAUCUUGUAGGCAGAAUUAUUUUAAAUUGUCUAAUAUUUGAAUGAUGGGAGAAGUUUGUGGUCCACAAGAAAAGUUCUUUAUCCUAAGUCUGCCAACUGAAUAUUUUUUGUCAUCAUUUGAAAGUGCUUUGGUGAAUACAUCAACUCAACAACUCAAUUUAGGAUCAAAUAGCUUAAUACUGAACGAAAAAAAUGUUACAAAAUUAGGUUUAAACUGUAGUUUGGACUCAAUUAUUACGUGGGCUGUGCUAUCCUUUAACUUCAACAUCCACCAACAGUCCAUUCAAAAUAGCACCUUAGUGUCAAAAAGGCUUGUUCAAGUUGUUAAGGAUGAAAGAGUAUCAGAAGAUGCAAUUGUUAUGAGUGAGGAUCUGCUUUUCAAUUUAGAAAAUGAUAUUAGACGAAGAGCACCAGAUGGUGCUUUUGAAAUUGACAAAACUUGUGUCACCGUUAUUGCCGCAAAUUUUUAUGAAAACUUACCACCAGCAAAAGCUACAAAAGUAGUUCUGUCAGCAUUACAGUCAGACGUGCACUCAGACAAUAGUUCCAUUGAUAAUCUGCUGACAAAAUAUUUUUCAUCUCAAAAAUACUUAUGUGAUGGUGAUGUGUUCAGUGUGCAUGUGGACGAGUGUCAUAAACUUGAUCUGGGCAGUUUUGUGAAUAUCGGGAGCGUUUAUUUCAAGGUGUGUGAACUCCAAAGCACUCAGAAAAGUGAGUUAUAUCCAAACGAUGUCUGUAGAGGACGUGUGGUUGACAGAUCAUCAGCAUUGUAUCAAGUAGCAAAUCAGCAAGGGUUCCUGCCUCCUAGAACAGUGCCUGUGUACAGCAACCUCAGUAUCAGAUUCCUGUGUUCCGAUACCUUGGAGAUUUUAAGAACUUGUAGACAAAUCCUUGUUCCACCCAGUUUUGGAGAUAUUUUCAACACUUUGUGCCAGUGGAUUGAACCAUUUGUUUCUCAUUCUAAAAGAAUAAAUGAUAUUGAGCUGAGUCCAAUCUUUCUCCUUUCGGGGAAUAAUGGCACGGGGAAGUCACUGCUACUGCAGACUCUCAGCCAAUACCAUGGGCUGCACUACUGGAGAGUGGAUUGUGUUAAUGUGGGUGGAGCAGCGCCAGGACAGUCCGAGGCCAAAGUUAAAGCGAUUUUCAGUCAGCUAAAAGGCCUUGCACCUUGUCUCUUACACCUCGCCAACAUCGAGGAUUUAUGCCAAGAUGCAGACUCCAAAGAAGACGUCCGUGUACUGAACUGUUUCAAGCAGCAAGUUCGGCUCUUGAAGUCAAAAUGGCCUCUUGUGAUAAUAGCUACAACUCAAUAUAUCGAGCGUAUCAACUCCAGCAUUAACCAGUUAUUUCUGGAAACGGCCACUUUGAAAGUUCCCAACUGUGAGCAAAGAGAAGAUAUAAUUCAGUACUUUUUUUAUUGCAACGGUAAACAAGUUGAUACUAAAGUCUUGCAAAUGGUGGCUUCUCAGACGUCAGGUUUUGCACUUAGAGAUCUCCAAGUGCUAGUUGCUCUUGCUUUCAAUGUGCAUGUGGACGAGUGUCAUAAACUUGAUCUGGGCAGUUUUGUGAAUAUCGGGAGCGUUUAUUUCAAGGUGUGUGAACUCCAAAGCACUCAGAAAAGUGAGUUAUAUCCAAACGAUGUCUGUAGAGGAUGUGUGGUUGACAGAUCAUCAGCAUUGUAUCAAGUAGCAAAUCAGCAAGGGUUCCUGCCUCCUAGAACAGUGCCUGUGUACAGCAACCUCAACACUCUCAGCCAAUACCAUGGGCUGCACUACUGGAGAGUGGAUUGUGUUAAUGUGGGUGGAGCAGCGCCAGGACAGUCCGAGGCCAAAGUUAAAGCGAUUUUCAGUCAGCUAAAAAGGCCUUGCACCUUGUCUCUUACACCUCGCCAACAUCGAGUUCCCAACUGUGAGCAAAGAGAAGAUAUAAUUCAGUACUUUUUUUAUUGCAACGGUAAACAAGUUGAUACUAAAGUCUUGCAAAUGGUGGCUUCUCAGACGUCAGGUUUUGCAUUUAGAGAUCUCCAAGUGCUAGUUGCUCUUGCUUUCAAAGAGAAAUUCAAGAGGACUAAGGAAGGGAAUGAAGAAAAUGACUUCAUAUUUUCUGAUUUCUCCAAAACUAUAAGUCUCAUGCACAAGGCAUAUUCCGAGUCAAUUGGCACGCCAAAAGUUCCUUCUGUGUCAUGGAAAGAUGUUGGAGGCUUAGAACAUUUGAAGAAGGAAAUAUUACGUUCCCUGAAGAGCAACAUGUUUAAUUCAGGAUUAAAAAGAUCAGGCCUGUUGCUACAUGGGCCCCCGGGCACUGGCAAGACGCUGCUGGCUAAGGCAGUUGCUACUCAGUGUGGCCGCAACUUCCUGUCUGUGAAAGGACCAGAGCUGCUCAACAUGUACGUGGGACAGAGUGAACACAACGUAAGAGACUUGUUUGCAUUGGCUAAAGCUGCCUCACCAUGUAUUGUGUUCUUUGAUGAACUGGACUCCCUGGCCCCCAACAGAGGGCGGAGUGGGGACUCGGGGGGCGUAAUGGACAGAGUUGUAUCACAGUUGCUGGCAGAAAUGGAUGACUUGGGAGAUUCUGGCGAUGUUUUCAUUCUAGGAGCAACAAAUCGCCCCGACCUGAUCGAUCCAGCUCUGUUACGUCCGGGCAGGCUGGACAAGCUGUUAUAUGUGGGGCCAUGUGAAGAUCGUAGCUCUCAGCUGAGUGUCAUUACUGCCCUCACUCGCAAAUUACAGUUGGCCUCAGACUUGAAUUUAGAGGAGAUAGUGUCUCUGCUGCCAGACUGUGUGACCGGAGCUCAGAUCUCAGCUCUGUGUUCAGCCGCAUGGCUGUCGUGUGCACGUCAGCUAAUCCUCGAUGGUGAACACAAACAAAGACCUGCAGUGGUUGUCAACAGAUCUCAUUUCUUUGCUGCCCUAAAUUCUGUUUUUGGUGAAGAGUAGUUAGUAGACAGUAUAUUUAAGUUUUUUAAGGAUUUUACUGUAAGAUGAUCUUGAUUCACUGACAGUACAUUUACAGUAGUAUUUUGAGUACCUCAGAAGGCGCUGCCCAUUACGUUAAGUUCGUAAUUUUGGAGUCGAAAAAUAUUCCUGAUAUCGAUCAUUUUGGCAUUUGUCUCUACUAUUGUAAUUAUAACAUGUCCGAUUUUGAAGUAAGUUGACUCUCUAGAAAUCGAUUGUUGUGUCAUAUGUUUAUUGUUUUGAUUAGUUGUUGUCUGAAAUGACGUUCUUUUCUGAAGGUUUUAGUAACUUUGUGGGGAACAUACUCAAUGAAAGUAAAAAUGAACUGAGUGAUGGUAAUGUUGAUGACUAAAGAAAAUUAUGUGACAAGGCUAACUUCAAACUUGGAAAUGGCCAAGGCAAGCUAAUGAUCCGCAUAAUUAUAUUUUUAGUGGUAGAUCUGGUAUAAACCAAUUGUUGCUAGGCAACUAAAUACAUGAAAUAUAAGAUAAUAAAAUACAAUUUUAAUAUGUUAUAUGUUUGAGUAAUAUUUAAAAUUGUCCAUAAGCACUUUCUGAUUGUAAGUAAAUGAGGGAAAAUCAUAUAUUUAAUUUAAAACUUUCUUUAAAACAUGUUAUUUAAUAUCUAACCAAGUGAUUAUAUGAAAGAUUUGGUAAAAUAUUAAGUUCUUUUCAGCCAAAUUGAAUCUAAGAAGUGUUAAUGCCAAAGAUGUAAAAACUAAAUUAUAACUAUUUUAUGUUUUAUAAGUGUUAAAAUAUAACAAUAAAGCUUGAAUGUGACAAAUAAUUGUAAAAAACAUUAAAACGAAUAAAGAUUUUUUUUACUUUGACUUUAUAUUCAGAAACAGGAAGAUUUAUUGUUAUGCUCAUUAUGUAGAUUUGUACAAUUUUGGUGUGUUGUUAUUUGUUGUUUUAUAUAAAGAUUAUAUUUUGCAUGAUUUGUUACAA